UAUUCAAACGCACACCGUACACACAUCAGUCAAUCUGUGAAUCCCGCGUGAGGCGGUUGAUUUGUGUUAAACACGUUCGUACGUUUCGCGCGUGACUUCGUUGGACUUAUCAAGGUCAAUUUUAGUAAAUAAUAACAAUGGCGGAUGCUGCAAAAAUAGAGCAUAACCCAAAAAUCCUGUCGGGGCCAGUUCUAACGAAUUCUCCCAACGCGGUACUCUCCAAGACCCUCCUCAGUCGGUACCAGGACCUGCCAUUAGCGGCUGAUAAGAUCAUCGCCACCUACAUUUGGAUCGAUGGAACGGGAGAACACUUGAGGUGCAAGGAUCGCACCAUUAACAUCAUCCCGAAGCAGCCUAAAGAUUUGCCGAUAUGGAACUUCGACGGCAGUUCUACAGGUCAAGCGGAGGGCCACAAUUCAGACAUUUUCCUGGUACCGAGAGCGAUCUACAAGGAUCCCUUCAGACGCGGAAAUCACAUCCUGGUCAUGUGCGACACGUACAAGUACAAUAUGGAGCCUACAGAGAGCAACCACCGUAUCAAAUGCCAGGAGGCGUACGACAAGUGCAAGGACGAGGAGCCGUGGUUCGCCGUGGAACAGGAGUACAUCCUGCUGGACGCCGACCUGCGGCCGUUCGGCUGGCCGCCCGGCGGCUGCCCGCCCCCGCAGGGACCCUACUACUGCGGUGUCGGCGCUAACAAGGUCUUCGCCAGGGAUCUUGUACAGGCUCAUUAUAUUUGCUGCCUGUACGCCGGAGUGCCCGUGUCCGGUACGAACGCGGAAGUGAUGCCCUCUCAGUGGGAGUUCCAAGUGGGUCCCUCGGUGGGAGUCUCAGCUGCUGACGACCUCUGGAUCGCGCGCUACAUCCUCCACCGGCUUGCCGAGGAGUACGGUGUGAUCGUGACCUUUGACCCCAAGCCGGUCGCCGACUGGAACGGCUCCGGUGCGCAUACCAACUUCUCGACGAAGAAGAUGCGGGAAGAGAAUGGUAUCAUUGAGAUCGAGAAGGCGAUCGACAAGCUGUCGAAGGUGCACAUGAAGCACAUCAAGGUGUACGACCCGCGCGGCGGCAAGGACAACGAGCGCCGCCUCACCGGCCUGCACGAGACUGCCAGUAUUAACGACUUCAGCGCUGGAGUCGCAAAUCGUGGAUGCAGUAUUAGAAUCCCACGUACCGUGGCUGAGGAGAAGAAGGGCUACCUGGAGGACCGCCGGCCGGCCUCCAACUGCGAUCCCUACGCCGUCAUCGACGCUCUCAUGCGUACCUGUAUACUGAACGAAUAACACGAGAGUCGAUUUCAUGCCACCUUUAGACGUGUUAGCUAGCGCCUUUAAUAUAACCCAUUUUUCAUUAGAUGGCAAUUAAAAUUUAUAUACGUCAAUGUCAAUUUAUUGCGUCAAAUAUCUGUGGUACUUUGACAUACGCCAUAUACCUACCUAGCAAAAUAAUAUUAAUCGCACAAUUUAAAAAAAAAGUUCACGUCGUUAUAGUAAUAGUUUUAAUAUGUAUUCCUUUUUAUACAUUUUGUAAUAAUUCUUACAAGUAAUAGUCUACAAAUAAUAUAAAGUGUUCCAUAAAUAGAUUAAUACAACAGCCUUAGUCAUAUUAAUUAGAAUAUUGUAAUGAACGGUAUAGUAAAAAAUAAUUUAUUCCAAAAAAAGGAACGAUUCCACAAGAGCUACAUUAAUUAUCUUGCUCUUUAAUAAUGAUUCGAAAAGAGAAAGCAUGAUUCAAUUUAUUUAAAUAUGCAUGCACGGAAAUAUAUUCGAGGAAUAAAUACAGUGGUUUAUUAGCAACAUUCCAUAGGCAGCUUCUAAUUGCUUAGCUGGCGUGAUAAAGGCGCAUUGAUGGACCACAUAAGAUAUUAAAUAAUAAAUAUUAUAGAGGAUAUUGUUAAUAUUAUGUGAUAUUUAAACGUUAAUUGUUAUGUUCAUGUUAUAGUUUACGCGUUUACAAGAUUAAUCACAUAUCAUUAUUAACAGCCAUGAAAUAAUAAAAAGUAAAAUCGGAUAUAUCAUUUACUAACAUAUGCCUACAGAUUUAUAGUAGAAUAAUUAUUAAUAUACAACGUCGAACUAAUUAUAGGUUUAGAGUAAAUUGUUAAGUGAUAGUCAAGAGUCUAGCGCGAGCGGUUUGCCCGAUAUUUUAUUGAGUUCAAAUCUGUUCAAACCUGCAUUCGCAAAUAAAAAUAUUUUAUGUUGUGGCGACACAAAAAUGGCCUUGUAUUGAUACUAUAUUAAUAUAAAACAAUAGAGUAAUGCAAAUUGUUUUAAAACCAUGUCAAACUACCGAUAGGAACACGUCAUAUGCUUUGAAUCUUGUUGGUUGGUACCUAAUAUCUGGCAUUGACUAGCGAGGACUUUCGGUUACUUCUCAUACAGCCAUAUACACUUGUGAAAAAUAACGACAACACCACGAUAAUAAUAAUUAAAUAAGCAUAAUAAUAAGUAUAUAUUCAUUUAUUUGAAUGUUCAUACAACACAAGGAAUUGAGAUUUAUUUAAUGAAAUGUUUAUGAAUAUGUUAUUAUGGGAUGAAAUGUUAUACAAAUAAAAUAAUAUUGUUGUAUGAAA